AUGAAGUUCACAGACGACGACUUCCUGUCCACAUCCCCCACACCACCUCCACCUCCACGCUCACACCUCCGCAUCCAAAUCCCGUCCUACAGCCUGCGCCUCCCCGUCGCCCCACCAUCCCCCCUCUUCGACGGUAUAAACGAAUACACAAACACCCACCGCUUCCCCACCUUCCAAGACGUCCUCAACAUCCGCAAGAGCGUACCGCCACCAGAGCCGCAUUGUACACUCCAUUGCAACCACGGAGUCUGUGUGAAACAGAUGGUAGAAGAGUUUGGUAGUCCGCUAUGUCAGUGCGUUUUAGAGGAGGAGGAGGAGGAGUGGAGUGUGGAGUGGUACCGACCUGCUAUGGAGCUUGAAGAACUGGAUUUGAUGUCUAUUGCUCAGAACACCGAGAAGUUUAGUCCGGCGCAGGUAAUCGAUAUCCAUAUCGAGGACGCGAUGAGGGUCGUUGCGUACCUAGAGCCCCGCGCCGUUACUCAAGCGAUCGACGACGGGUUUCUAAGACGCGCUAUGCUGGCUGAUUUUGGCCAGGAUGAAGAAGUCACGACAAGGGAUGCAGUUCACAGGUUCUUCUAUUUGAUGAGGGUAUACUUCGAUCGUACUCUUCAUUCGCCGGGCCACCGCGUUGUGAGUAUCGAACAGCUGCGCUGCGAGUUGGACGUGUAUGUUUGGACGCUGCUGGUUGAGUGGGUCAUGAAGUAUUGCGACCGGGAGACGCAGCGAUUGGUGCUGAAGCAUGACGGCCCGGAGUGCAUCUUGGACGCCACGUUUGGUGCUCCUGCGGAGGUGCUGGAGCUGUGGUUAGGUGGCGGAGACUUGAAGGUGUGA